AUGUCGAGAAAACACUUUUUUCCAAACCCCGAAGGCGUGGUCCUGCACAAUCUACGCUCACUAUGCACACGCAACACGCACAUGGCCCUCGAUGAGGCCAACCGCGUAGUCUAUAACCUGUCACAUCCGCCUUCCGAGGUGACUAUCGUUUCGGGUGGUGGCUCUGGCCAUGAACCCGCGUGGUCCGGUUUCGUGGGCGAUGGCAUGUUAUCGGCUGCUGUAUGCGGUGACAUCUUCGCUUCUCCGAGCACGAAACAGAUCAUGGCUGGUAUCAGGAACGUACCGAGUAACGAGGGCAUUAUACUAUGUAUAACAAACUACACGGGAGACAUGCUGCAUUUCGGCCUAGCAAGAGAGAAGGGUCAGGCUUUGGGAUACAAAGUCGACGUUGUGUGCAUGGCGGAAGACGCGGCCUUGGGGCGCGAGAAGAGCGGCAAGGUAGGACGGAGAGGGCUGGCAGGAAACCUACUCGUCAUCAAACUCAUCGGCGCGGCAUCACAAAAAGGAUGGGCGUUCGAACGGUGUAGGAAAAUUGGUGAACUGGGCAACUCUCAAUUAGUCACCAUCGGCGCGAGUCUUGACCAUUGCCAUGUUCCCGGAAGAGAAGCAUUUGAGAGUGUGCCGGACAAUGCUUGUGUGGUUGGCAUGGGCAUUCACAAUGAGCCUGGCCUACGGACCAUCUCCCCCAUGCCCAGUCCUGAAGACGUUAUCAAAGAGAUGCUUCGAUACCUCCUCGACCCCUCCGACUCGGACCGCGCAUUCGUCACCUUCAACCCCAACGACAACGUUGUGAUGCUUGUCAACAACUUCGGCGGGCUUUCGAAUCUGGAAUUCGAUGCGAUGGUGAAUCUUGCCCUCAUCGCCUUGAAGCGCGACUGGAAGAUUGUACCCACACGAAUCUACGCUGGUGUGCUGGAGACGUCGCUGAACGGCCAGGGUUUCAGCAUAACUCUCGGUAACAUGAGCGGUAUGGCGAAAGCCAUGGACCUCAAGGACGAGGAAGUCAUCGCUUUGCUAGAUGCACCGACGAACGCUCCCGCAUGGCCAAAGAACGGAUACCAACCUCUCAACAUCAACAAGGAGACGGAAGAGCUACGCAACAAAGCCAACGCUGCGGCCGCAGAUACAUCAGCUCUCCACAAGGGCCCCGCAACACCAGCCUCCCUCAUCCCCGCGCUGCGAAAAGCAUGCAAAGCAGCGCUAGAAGCCGAACCCACAAUCACACAAUACGACCUACAAAUGGGCGACGGAGACUGCGGCGAGGCCGUCGCAGGCGUAUGCAAGAGUAUCCUCUCCAACAUCGACGCCGUAGAAAAGAACCCCCCGCCCAUCCUCGCGCUCCUAGAAAGCAUCGGCGAAAACGUCGAAGACGUCGGCGGCUCCCUAGGCGCUAUCCUAUCUAUCCUAGUAACCGCCUUCACCAAUGCCCUCGCAACCGCCACACUCACGCAGAACGCACCACUGGAUAUUGCCACCCUAUCCGCUGCCGCUGUUACUGCGCUCGAGAACCUCAAGAAUUACACGUCUGCGCGCGAAGGCGAUAGGACCGUCAUGGAUGUGUUGAUUCCUUUUAUCAAUACGCUGGCUGAGAGCAAGGAUUUGGGAAAGAGCGUGGAGGUUGCCGAGAACAAGGCAGAUGCGACAAAGGAUAUGAAGGCAAAGUUUGGGCGUGCGACAUAUAUUAGUGAGGAUGGGAGUGACAGAAGCCGGAUUCCGGAUCCGGGGGCGUAUGCGGCAGGUGUGUGGUUGAGGGGGUUGGAGGCGGGGUUCAAAGGUUGA